UAAUGUGAAUUAUAUGAGAAAUAAUUAUGGUCCUGAUUCUGUGUCACAAUUGCUGCGGUGGGUGACGGAGUGUGGCUUCCCAGAUGGCGGCAGUUUUAGCUUGAAGCAGUUAGAUUUGCUGAAAGGUAACCUGACCCAAAUGGAGAGAGAUAAUGUUGGGAAGAAGAAGAAGAGCAGGGUAGAAAUAAACUGGACAGCUUUUCACUUGUGGAAGUUAGAGGCUGAAAAAAGGUUUCAAAAAGCACAAUGUACUCCAAAGAGAGCAUCUAUACAAUAUGUACAGAAUACACAAAGUACAAUAAGUAACUCACAAAGUCUCCAGUGUCUUAAGUCUUUUUCAGAUGAUCCCGACCUGGAUGGACCGCCUCCUCGACCACGUCUGGCAGCGGCUGCGUCAUGUCGACAGGUGUGCGCAGAUCCGGAGCCAGCUCGUGUGGAGCCGAAGGAGAGUCCACUGCCUCCACCGAAGGCAGUUAAGGCUGACCCACCCUCUCCACCGAUCGCGGAUCGUACACGCCAGAAAGACAAGCAAAAGGAGACUACGGAUCUUGAACCUGUCAGAGAAGAGGCUUCGAUUCCAGAGGUCAACGAGAAACUUCAGAGUGUGAUUACAAUGCCCAUGGUGGAAGUAGCAGGGCCGGAUGGAGACCCUAUGUUAGUACACCGUCCGUGGACACUAAAGGACAUUGAGCAUGCUCAUGAGCACCUCCCUGACCCGAGAGAAGUGGGGGGGAAAAAGUUUGGUGUGGAGUUGGAACGUUUCUGCAAAGAAUUUCGUCCCACCUCUCUUGAACUGAGGCGCCUGCUGGGAAGAAAACUAGCAUCUGACAUAACGCGGAUUAAGUAUGAAUGGCCGGAUGAAAAUCUGUGCAUGAGACAUCCAGAUCAUGAGAGCGGGAGGAAUGCGACGUACUAUAACUUCGUAACGGAAUUACGUGAAGCGUGUUAUGAAGCUUUUCCAGUGAAGAUGGAUAUGACAAAGAUUGCGCUGUGCAAACAACAGGACAGCGAGACAGUUGCGCAAUAUCUUCAUCGCCUCACGGAAGUACACAACGCGCACAGCGGCCUUACUGCCCCCGAGAAUAUGAGUGAGGGGGUAGUGACCGCAUACGAGGCGCAUUUGAGAAACAGUUUCAUGAAUGGACUGAUUCCGGAAAUAUCUGACAAGGUGAAAAACCUAUGCAUCACGUGGGACACUGGAAAGCUGAGCCUUAUCGAACAACAUGCUCUGCAUGCGGAAAAGCUGCUCACACAAGCCAAGCAAGAUCAGGGAAAAAAGAGAGAAGAACAAACACACAAAGUUCAGCUGACGAUGAUGCAAGCCAUGACGAGAUCUCAUACACAAUGGAGAGGGACUUCCACAUAUCGAGGAAGAGGGCGAUAUCGAGGAAGGGGGAGAGGAAGAGGAAGAGCCAGAGGCGGAAAAGAAAAAGGGGGAGAGAGUGGAUGUUUUGUUUGCGGAGGACAAGAUCACUGGGCAAGGGAAUGCCCUAAGAGACAUGAUGAGGAAACUGCAUGACCAUCAACAUCUCAGGUCGAGGAGGUCAGUCCUGAAGGGAUGGGUGAAGGAAGCACUGCCUAAGGUGACGCAAACAGAUCUGCACAGUCUCAAACCAGGUGACUGGGUGGUGGUGAAGGAUUUCAGGAGGAAAAGCUGGAGAGCCAGGCGGUGGCUGGGACCAUUUCAGGUACUUCUGACC